UCCAGAGCCCAAGUUAACGACUGCAUUAAGGUUAGACACCACUAUGGUUGGAAGUAGUAUUUUGGCAAAUAGAAGUGAGCGCUCUAGGAACUGGAACAGCGUUGUAGAUGGACUACGGGCGCUGCGAUGUCUUCUUCGGAAUUUCCUCGAGAAUCAGACCGAGCUGUUUCUCAAAAAGCUUCUGGAGAAAAUGAGCGCUGAACGCUGUGAAAAUAAUUGUGAAAUCCGAAAGCCAAAUGAGCUUCUCUCUGUGUGUGAGGUGUGUCAAAGGUGGAGUCGUGAGCUGCAAACCUAUCACACUGCUAAGGGGAGUUUCAUCCACUGGACAAACUGCAACCCUCAGCACUGGCCAGAGGAGAAGUGGGAGGUGGCCAAGGCUUACAUGUCAAGGUGCAACCCGACUGCUGUCAAGUUUGAUGACUUUGACAUCUCGGCUCUCAUCAGCCUGAUGAGUCGCUGCACUUAUUUUCAACUCGUCAUUCCAGUCAGAGGGCUCCAGAAACUCCUUCUAGAUGUGGCGGAGGUGAGGAACAAGACGAUGCACUCUCCAGACUGCGGCAUGAGCAGAGAAGAGCUCAACAAACACCUGGAGACGAUCAAAUGUCUGGGCCGGGAACUUGAGCCAUAUGCCCCAGAAAUGACGAGUCUAUCAGAGGAUAUUGACAAGCUCCUUCUAGAUGUGGCGGAGGUGAGGAACAAGACGAUGCACUCUCCAGACUGCGGCAUGAGCAGAGAAGAGCUCAACAAACACCUGGAGACGAUCAAAUGUCUGGGCCGGGAACUUGAGCCAUAUGCCCCAGAAAUGACGAGUCUAUCAGAGGAUAUUGACAAGGUGAGUAUACAAUCAGAGGUCUGCUGGGUUUCCUUGCCAUAUUCUCCAGAAGACGUGGUCGCCGAACUCCAGAAGACGUCUUCAGAGUAGCCAGAAUGAAAGUUUUUAAGAUGUAUUUCCUGGACGUUGAAUAGAUGUGUUGUUCUGGGUGUGAUAUAGGCAUCGCUUGAAGACGUCUGAAAGACUUAAUUAGACAUCCAGAAGACGUCCUCAGAGUAGCCAGAAUGGCAGAACGUCUAUUUGCAACUAAUUUAGGCUGUCUAUAGACGUCCCGAAUGGGGUCAGGCUGGACUAUUGUCCCAAUGUCAUUUAUUAACUGAUUCUGGCUGUCAAGUAGACGUCCAGAUUAUGACCUCGCAGAACGAUUAUUUGUAACUAAUGUUGGUUGUCUAUAGACGUCCUGAACCGGGUCAGGCUGGAAUAUUGUCCCAGUGUCCCAGUCAACUCAUUUUGACUGUAAAAUAGACGUCCAGAUCACAGCCUGGACAGACCACUGUUAUUAUUGUUUUUUGGACGUCCAUAGAAGUUGCUUGCUCAGUGGGACUGUACCUCAGUGUUAAUGUUACCGACAUUUCUCAGCUAAAUAAACUCUCAGAAAAUGAUUAUAAUGUUAUGUAACCCUAUAGAAUUUUGGUUAUAAGUUUUAUUUUCAUGUUUGUUUAUUUAAUAUGAAUUCAUAAUGAGCAUAAUGUAAAGGUUGAAAUGAAUACUAAUUCAUAAUGUUAUUAUUGUUUUUUGGACGUCCAUAGAAGUUGCUUGCUCAGUGGGACUGUACCUCAGUGUUAAUGUUACCGACAUUUCUCAGCUAAAUAAACUCUCAGAAAAUGAUUAUAAUGUUAUGUAACCCUAUAGAAUUUUGGUUAUAAGUUUUAUUUUCAUGUUUGUUUAUUUAAUAUGAAUUCAUAAUGAGCAUAAUGUAAAGGUUGAAAUGAAUACUAAUUCAUAAUGUUAUUAUUGUUUUUUGGACGUCCAUAGAAGUUGCUUGCUCAGUGGGACUGUACCUCAGUGUUAAUGCUACCGACAUUUCUCAGCUAAAUAAACUCUCAGAAAAUGAUUAGGCUAUAAUGUUAUGUAACCCUAUAGAAUUUUGGUUAUAAGUUUUAUUUUCAUGUUUGUUUAUUUAAUAUGAAUUCAUAAUGAGCAUAAUGUAAAGGUUGAAAUGAAUACUAAUUCAUAAUGUUAUUAUUGUUUUUUGGACGUCCAUAGAAGUUGCUUGCUCAGUGGGACUGUACCUCAGUGUUAAUGUUACCGACAUUUCUCAGCUAAAUAAACUCUCAGAAAAUGAUUAUAAUGUUAUGUAACCCUAUAGAAUUUUGGUUAUAAGUUUUAUUUUCAUGUUUGUUUAUUUAAUAUGAAUUCAUAAUGAGCAUAAUGUAAAGGUUGAAAUGAAUACUAAUUCACAAUGUUAUUAUUGUUUUUUGGACGUCCAUAGAAGUUGCUUGCUCAGUGGGACUGUACCUCAGUGUUAAUGUUACCGACAUUUCUCAGCUAAAUAAACUCUCAGAAAAUGAUUAUAAUGUUAUGCAACCCUAUAGAAUUUUGGUUAUAAGUUUUAUUUUCAUGUUUGUUUAUUUAAUAUGAAUUCAUAAUGAGCAUAAUGUAAAGGUUGAAAUGAAUACUAAUUCAUAAUGUUAUUAUUGUUUUUUGGACGUCCAUAGAAGUUGCUUGCUCAGUGGGACUGUACCUCAGUGUUAAUGCUACCGACAUUUCUCAGCUAAAUAAACUCUCAGAAAAUGAUUAUAAUGUUAUGUAACCCUAUAGAAUUUUGGUUAUAAGUUUUAUUUUCAUGUUUGUUUAUUUACAUGGAAUAUGAAUUCAUAAUGAGCAUAAUGUAAACAAAAACAAGCAUACAUAUUUCAGAUAUAUAACCCAGCCAUUUCAUAUUUAAGCUGUAAUUUAAUUUCAUGACAGCCAGAACAGAAAAAUAUAGAAAUGUGGCAAUGAAAUAGAAUCAUAUCCAUAAUGGUCAAAAUCAAAACAAUAAGAUAUGAUAUUAUUGAUCUUUAUCCCACUUUUUUGUGAUAGCUAAUUUUCUCCAAUCAUCUGAUUGUGAUUUUCUUUUAGUUUUUAUCAUAUUCUUAUUCAUUAAAUAAUGAUGUUUUAGAAACAUGAUGAAUGAUUCCAGUGCAACAUAUUUCUCUUUUUUGAAAAUAAAAAAUUUCCCAAGGAGCACAAUAAUGUUCAACAACAUAUUUUUUUCUUCAUGCAAACCCCAAAUUAUAUUGAUUAUUGUUAUUGGUAAGUCAAGUUCUUGCUCAGAUAGCCAA